AUGCGUCGGCGGAGAGAUCUUUCACUGAAAGAAGCCUGGAUCAAGAGGAAAGCGACGAGAAGUUCCAAGUCAGGCUCCAACUUUGCGGGCGUCUAUCUGAGGGAAGCGUACCGAGUGACCGACGAUGAGAUCCGAUUCGUUUACCUGGAGAAUCAGGAUAACAAGUGAGCUCUUGCAUUUUUUCUCAGUUUCAUACUAAUUUUGCAAUUUUCCCAGCAUAAACCUCAAAGCAGAAGUGCCCACUCUCGGGUGGCAAUCGAUCGAAUGGUCGUGCUUCAACUCGAGCUGCUUCGAUAUUCUCUUCUGUUCCAUGGCCACUCGCUUUGGCACCAUCCGACUUCCGUUGACGACUCCGCACUCUCCUUUCAUUCAUCUGACCACUGAACUCAACGACGAGUUCGCAGUGGUCCCUGUGAAGUAAGUUUUUUCUUUCUGAAAAUGAACGUCCAAUUGUUCUGCUUCAGAGACGUCCGUCUUCAUCCCUCUCACACCUACGAGCACACCCUCGGAGUCUGUCUCCAGCCCAUUUUCUUCUUCACCGACUGGACCAUCGUCGUCCAGUUCUUCGAGUCGUGGCUGGCUCAGGGUGCCACCAAAUUUUACUUUUAUCUUCAUAGUUACACGUGGCAAACCAAACAGAUUCUGGACUUUUACAAAGACUCUCUAGGCGACGAUCUGGAACUGAUUGAUUGGAGCGAUCUUCCGGUGCACUCCAGGGAUCGGGGAAUUUAUGAAAAAGAUCCGAACAGCAGAGUAUUCCGGCAUGGAGCUACUGCAUUCAUGCACGACUGUAUGCUCAGAGCAAGGUGCUUUUGAAACUGUUUUGCAAAUUCCAGCUACCGUAGUUUUACAGGUCAAGUGUGAAAUUUGUAGCCAACACUGAUCUUGAUGAUCUCCCCGUUUCUUCCAAUCUGAACAUUUCCAACACUUUGAAUGUUGUUGCUAAGAGGCAUCCGAAAGCCGCUCAGUUUAAGGCCGACUGGAUUCUGAGCCAUCAACCGGUAAGCUUUCUGAAUCCUCUAUACACUCUAGACAAUUUCUAAAUUCCAGCAACAUUGGGACAACAUGAACAAGCCACAUGAUAUCAAAUUCGACCUCCAGUCAGUUCGAGUCCUUCAAAUGGAGAACAUUCGAUGGGAUUACAGAGUGUCUAAGAAGAUGUUCCACAGACCGGAAAGGGUGGGUCAACUAAUACCAAGACUAUGUGAACUAAUGAAUUUCUAAUCUAGGUUGUUCAUUUCGACAUGCAUUCAGUCUACAAAAACGAGCUGGUCGAUGAUAUUCAUCAGCACACAACUAUCGAGAUGUUUGACAACGCCAAUCUCUAUUUCCUGCACCUGCGACGUUUUGAACGACAUCUUCUGAAUCCGCCGACAGUUCAGUACAACAACAGUUUCGAUCAUUCUCUUUUGAUGAAACUGAACACCCGAAUGAUGGAACAGUUUCUCAAGCGGAUAGAAGGAACACAAUUCAGCGGUGGGUGUUUUGUUUAGCUUUCACUAGAAACUGAAAAAAAAUGUCUCAGAAACAAUCUUGGCUCCGUGGGCGUUGGAAGCUCGUCAAACAAUGCGUGAUCUGGAGCAGUGCCGGCGAGAAGCGUUCGGAACCGUCCUGGACGACGUGAACGAGAUGUGUCAGCAGAGUUCGGCCGGGUGCGAAGGAAUGCUCACCGCCGGAAUCCCGUUUAUCAAAGCCCCGCAGACAUGGGUCAAUGUGGCCCACAAAGCGUUCUUCAAUAGUUACGUAGAGAAAACCAAACGAUUUACACUGUUCUAG